CUCCUCUCUCCAGUGCUACUUUUCUUCAGUUCCUUUCAGCUUACUAUUCUAAUUUAGAAAAGACAAAUGACUUGUUUUUUAUUUAGUUGGGUUUUGUCUUAAGUUCAUUUACAGUGUUAAAUGGUUGGGGAUUUUACAUAGGUCUUCAGUUUCAUGUCUUGAUUUUCGGGCCUUUGCGACUGGGAUCAGGAAGAACUUUUAGGAAUGCUCUGUAGAGCAAGGUAGUAGAGUGGAGACAACAUGAACUGUAUGCCCAGAAGACCAGAGUUCAAUCCUGACUCUAUUUGUUGACAAUUGUAACCUCUCUCAACUACAGUGUAGUGAUUGAAGGACAUGGCUUUUCUGAAGACUCAGACAAAUCACAGUCAGGACUUCCAAGCUCCAGACCAGUGUAACCAACGUAUACUCUGCAUCUCCACUUGCUUAUCUCAAAAGUAUCUCAAACCCAACAUGUGUGAACCUAACUUCUUGCCCUUCCCACCAAACUGGGUAUUUGCCCUGUGUUCCCUCCUGUUGGAAGCACCAAGAUCUAUCCAGUUAUACAGAUAAGAAGUCUAGGAAGUCUUCCUGGACACUUUGAUCUGCUCCAUUCUCCUUCAUCUGACUCAUCAACCAGAUUUUUUAAAAAAUGGAUUUGGCCAACCAUGGACUUAUUCUCCUGCAACAGUUAAACGCUCAGCGAGAGUUUGGUUUCCUGUGUGACUGCACGGUUGCAAUCGGCGAUGUAUACUUCAAGGCACACAAAUCAGUUCUUGCUUCAUUCUCCAAUUACUUUAAGAUGUUGUUUGUCCAUCAGACCAGUGAGUGUGUCCGCUUGAAACCAACUGAUAUACAGCCUGACAUCUUCAGCUAUCUCUUACACUUGAUGUACACUGGGAAGAUGGCGCCUCAGCUCAUCGACCCGGUUCGAUUAGAACAGGGCAUCAAGUUUCUGCACGCUUACCCGCUCAUCCAGGAAGCCAGCCUUGCCAGCCAGGGAGCCUUUUCUCACCCUGACCAAGUUUUCCCGCUGGCCUCUUCAUUGUAUGGCAUUCAGAUUGCAGAUCAUCAGUUGAGACAAGCCACCAAGAUUGCUUCAGCACCUGAAAAACUCGGGCGAGAUCCACGGCCACAGACCUCCAGGAUAAGCCAGGAGCAGGUCCCUGAGACCUCACAGCUCUCCCAGCUGACUUCAAAUCUGGCCCAGGUGAAUCGGACAAAUAUGACUCCCUCAGACCCCCUGCAGACCUCGCUGUCUCCAGAACUUGUUUCCACUCCUGUUCCUCCCCCUCCUCCCGGGGAGGAGACCAAUCUGGAAGCAUCUUCCUCCGAUGAGCAGCCUGCGCCCCUCACAAUAGCCCACGUCAAGCCGAGCAUCAUGAAGAGGAAUGGGAGCUUUCCAAAGUACUAUGCCUGCCACCUGUGUGGCCGGCGCUUCACUCUCCGGAGCAGCUUACGUGAACACCUCCAGAUCCACACAGGAGUACCUUUCACAUCCGGCCACCAGGGAGAAAGCCGCGUCCCCCUGACUCUCUGUAGCAAUGCAGCUGACCUCGGGAAAGAUGCCAUGGAAGUGCCUGAAGCCGGGAUGAUAAGUGACAGUGAGCUGCAGCACAUCUCUGAUUCUCCCAUCAUCGAUGGGCAGCAGCAGUCGGAAACCCCACCCCCCUCAGACAUUGCUGACAUUGACAACCUGGAGCAGGCCGACCAGGAGAGGGAGGUGAAGAGGCGGAAGUACGAGUGCACAAUAUGUGGACGCAAAUUUAUCCAGAAAAGCCACUGGAGGGAACACAUGUACAUACACACCGGGAAGCCUUUCAAGUGCAGCACUUGUGACAAAAGCUUUUGCAGGGCCAACCAGGCUGCCCGCCACGUGUGCCUCAACCAGAGCAUCGACACGUACACCAUGGUGGACAAACAGACUCUGGAACUCUGCACAUUUGAGGAAGGGAGUCAGAUGGACAACAUGCUGGUGCAAACAAACAAACCCUACAAAUGCAACUUGUGUGACAAAACAUUCUCCACUCCCAAUGAGGUUGUUAAACAUUCAUGCCAAAACCAGAACUCAGACGUUUUUGCCCUAGACGAAGGGCGAUCCAUUCUCCUGGGCAGUGGGGACUCGGAAGUAACGGAGCCUGACCACCCAGUGUUAGCUUCCAUCAAAAAGGAACAGGAAACCGUCUUACUAGACUGAAUGUCACUUACCUUUUUAAAAAACUCUCAUUUUUACAAAGACUAUCUUCCCUCCCUUCCCUGAAUUAAGAACUGUAGUUCUCCAUGGCAUGAUACAAACAGGUCCUUGUUCCCUUCUCCUCUUCCCUUUUUCCCCACAUCCCAGCCCCACCUCUGUAAAGGCUUUGUGCAUUAUAAACCUGGAAUGUAUCGACUUUCAUUCAGGGGAUAUUGGAAAGAUAAUGGUCAUUAUACUUAUAAACUCAAAUUUUGAGAGGUUUUAGAUUAUUUAAAAGCAUACUUGGAACUAAUGAAGGGUAUUAAAUAAAACAACUGGAAUCCAAUUUGGUAAGCUAAAAUUAUGACUUUCCCUGGGUAAAAAGUCUUCUCAGAAAAACAAUGUCAGAAAAUACAGUGUGCUUCUUAGAGAUACAGCUGGGCUCUGUACUAUGCAAAAUCUAGAAGGUGUGGGGAAACUUUAAACCCAAGAAAACGUUCUUAGUAUUCAUCCUCCAGGUGUCUUACUUCAGAAUGCAUCCUUUGAGAUUAUGUCCACUUAAGAAAAAUCAUCAGUUAAGAAAUCUACUUUAACAAAACACAAAGCAGAAAAAGUAAUAAUGUGAUGGCAAUCUUAAUUUUUGGGUACAACAUGACAAGCUGUGAGUUUGUGUGUUUGUAAGAGAAAAAUGUGUGGGUACUUGCUAUAAACAGGUGAAUUAAUGCACAUCCUUAUCUCAUUGCUGGCUUCUUUCCAAGUUGAGCAACAACAAAAUGCUGUAUUUGAGUUUCUGACAAAUGUGUUUUAAAAAUCAAAUUUGAAUGUACUAUUCUAUAAAUUGUCUUUCUGAACAGAACAUGACAUGCCAUUUUCUAGCAGCUGCCAGUGAUAAUUUGUUUUACACUAACUUUUAAAUCAGUGUGUAUACUGCAGGGAAAAGGAUAUAGGAAUAUUCAUCUUACAGGGGAAUUUGUGACCAGAAGAUGUAGUAACUUUAAUGACUGAAAAAGUCAAUGCUGAUGGUUUACUGGCAACAUUAAUUGAAGCAUCAAAAAUAAAUGGCAAAGAGAAAUCAGGACAAAAAAUCUAAUUGCUGUUUGGGAAAAAACUUGAUUUUGGUGUUUAUUCUCCAGGUUUUUGGUUGUUUUUUUCUUUCUUUCUUUUUUAAUGCCUGAAAUUUUCUCCAUUGGCCCAAAAGCAGUAAAAAUUGUUCAUUAAUCUUCCCUUAGGCCAAUAAAAGAAGGGCCUCACAGGACAAAACAGGAGCCAGAAGUAAGGACUGAAGGGGAAGGGGAGAAUAGCUAAUAGAUAUACUAUAUGUACAUGUUAAAAACUGAAUAUCCCAUCAUCCUAUUUCAUGUAUAGUUGAGUUCUCAAAUUUGUAAGUUUUUAUACAUCCUUUCAUUGAAUAAACGUUUAAUUAAAUGAG